AUGCAGUCAGAGAAGAAUAUGGCUCAAAAUUGUGAGGAUGAGCAUAAAGAGAUUAACAAGGAGGAGGUGAAGAAGAAGAAGAAACAACUUGGAGGAAUCAAAACAAUGCCGUUCAUUCUUGCGAACGAAAUGUGUGACAGAUUUGCAGCCACCGGGUCUCAUGCUAACAUGAUUACUUAUCUGACCCAAAAGCUCAACAUGCCACUGGUGAAGGCAUCCAACACUCUUUCGAACUUUGGUGGCCUUUCCAGUUUCACGCCGCUGGCCGGGGCACUGAUUGCGGACUCCUUUGCCGGUCGAUUUUGGACUAUCAUUGUGGGUUCCAUCAUUUAUGAACUGGGACUAGUGAGCAUCGUGGUAUCAGCAGUUCUGCCACAGCUACGCCCGCUACCAUGCCCCACUCAAGAAAACUGCGAAGAAGCUUCAUCCCUACAAUUAUGGCCUCUUUACAUCUCUCUCAUCUUAACAGCUCUCGGGACAGGUGGCCUUCGGCCUUGUCUCGUUACUUUUGCUGCCGAUCAGUUUGACAUGUCCAAAUCAGGCAUAGAGUCUCGGAGCUGGAAUUUUUUCAAUUGGCACUAUUUUUGCAUGGCAAUGGCCACACUAACUGCUUUAACUGUUGUUGUUUAUAUCCAAGACAAUGUGAGUUGGGUUUGGGGUUACGGAAUUCCAGCUGUUGCCAUGGGGAUAUCAAUUAUAUUUUUCCUUAUCGGUUCUCCUCUUUAUAAGAAAGUCAAACCAGGAGGGAGUCCACUAGUCAGAGUGGCUCAGGUAAUUGUUGCAGCAGUGAGGAAGAAUAAAAUAGUUGCACCAGCAGACUCUGGUCUCCUUUACGAGAAUACAGAACUUGAUGCUUCUAUUUCAUCCAACGGAAGGCUUCUACAUACAGAUGAAUUCAAGUGGCUUGAUCGAGCUGCAGUAGUAACCGAUGAGGAUAAAAAAGAUUCAACCUCACCAAAUUUAUGGAGGCUAGCCACUGUCCAUCGAGUUGAAGAACUAAAGUCCAUUAUAAGGGUGUUGCCCAUCUCGGCAGCUGGAAUACUAGUAGCCGCAUCACAAGCACACGGCUUUGUCAUCCCACAAGCCCGCACCAUGGAUCGUCAUAUAUCCCACUCCUUUCAAAUCCCACCAGCUAGUUUGUCCAUCUUUGGUGUCAUUACUGUGUUAGUAGGUGUUGUUUUGUAUGAACGCCUUUUUGUUCCUUUUGCUCGUCGGUUCACUGGAAAUCCCGUGGGCAUUACAUGCUUGCAAAGAAUGGGCAUAGGCUUCGCGGUGAAUAUUGUUGCUACUAUUGUUGCAGCACUGGUUGAGAUCAAGCGGAAAGAAGUGGCGGCAAAGCACAACUUACUGGACAAGCCAACUCCCGCUACACCCAUAAGUGUCUUUUGGUUGGUUCCUCAAUUUUGCAUCCAUGGGGUAUCUGAAGUUUUUCUGUCUAUUGGGCAUAUAGAAUUCCUCUAUGAUCAAUCUCCAGAAAGUAUGCGAAGCACAGCGAUUGCACUUUACUCUUUGGUAACAUCGAUAGGACAUUAUACAGGUACCUUUUUGGUAUCCUCAGUUCACAAAUACACUGGCAAGGAAAGAAAUUGGCUACCUGAUAGGAACCUCAAUAGGGGAAGACUGGAAAAUUUCUACUGGCUUUCCAGUGGAAUACAAUUUAUAAAUCUCAUUUAUUAUGUGCUAUGUGCGUGGUGGUAUACUUAUAAGCCUUUAGAAGUUGUAAACGAUAACAUGGAAGGAGAUGUUGAGUUAGCUGCAGGAGAAGUUCUCUCAAAGCCACUAUAUGAUUGCAAAGGCAAUGGGGACAUUGAGCAUGCAAGAGAUGAAACACAUUAGGAUUGUUUGUCGUUGUAGUUACUUCUCAUGUACCAUAUAGAAAUUUAUUUGAUGUAUCUUUUUCAGUAUAUAAGUGCAACGGGUGAGCAAUUACCUUCUUUUUGAAUAUACAUAGGGCUGAGG